UGAAAAAUGGUUGCAUUCUAUAUUCAUAUAAUAUAUUGCACUGCCGAUUUGAUAAGUAUUUCGGCGGUGCUACUAAUAUUGACGUUACAGUUGGUGGCUAUGGCGGUUGUUGCGCAUAAGGAGCUUUCGCCUACAAGGUUUAUUGACGGGAUAGAUGUAAAUAGUGAAGAUUAUAUACGAGAAUUAUUAAGGCCACCGGAUAUCAAGGAGGAUGUUAAGUUAAUGCAAGAACGUAGUCGAGUUUCUCUUAUAUUGAGGUCCGCAUACUUCCGCAAAGAGUUGGAAAAAAUUGUGGCAUCGUCUCUUAAAUCUGGUUGCCUGAACGCUAACGUUAUCGCACUCAAGCAAAUCAUCGACUACUUGACGCCACAAACACGUCUUGGAUCUUCUGCCUUCACGAGGGGUGCUACUGUUCCUGUGGUACCAAUUAAUGAUUUACGCACUGUCCAACUGGGUAGCUACGUUAAAGGAGAGCGCCUUACACGAUGCAAGUUAGCAUCUGUUUAUCGAUUAGUUGAUAUUUUUGGAUGGAAUACAGGAAUCAAUAAUCAUAUUACGGCUCGUAUUGCCCGGGACACUGAUGAAUACCUUAUAAACCCCAUUGGUUUACUAUACAAUGAAGUCACUGCGUCUUCUCUUGUGAAAAUCAACCUUGAAGGAUCUGUUUUAGUUGAAAGUUGUGUUAAUUUGGGCAUCGAUAAGCAGAGUUGGAUGUUACAUGCAGCUGUUCAUAGUGCUAGACCAGAUGUCAGAUGCAUUAUUCAUCUAAGUACUCCAGCUGCAGUUGCAGUCUCAUGUACAAAUGCAGGUCUUCUGCCAAUCAGUCAAGAGGCUAUGAUUUUGGGAGAAAUAGCUGUUUAUGAUCCUUUGGUUACUAUGACUAGCAUUCAGCAAAAUGGAGAAGAAGGUGUCGACAGCCGUAAACAUCGUCAAUUGAAGGCACAAGAAGCAGAAAUUGCCCGGAUACUUUCAGAAAAAUCUACUAAUUGUAUGGUUCUGUUGGUACGUAGUUAUGGUCUGUUGGCAAUGGGACAGUCAAUCGAAGAGGCAUGGUUCACUGCUUACACGUCUAUGUUAGCUUGUGAAGCCCAGUUACGUUUGGCCAGUAUUAGUUUGGAUGAAUUAGUUAUGCCUACUAAAGAAGCACAAGAGGCUGCACAUUCAAUAGGUCGUACUCCUAGUGCUGUCCAACUCCGAGCUGGUGAAGUUACUGGCAGUUCAGGGUGGAGACGUGGUGAACUUGAAUUCGAAGCAUUAAUGCGUAGAUUGGAUGCUGCUGGAUAUCGUACAGGCUAUGUAUAUCGGUUAAGUCAAAUUCGUCAGGGAUCAACUGCUGUGUCAACUCUUCAACGUCAACCUGGUGAUUUUGUGGAUUCUACAGUCCAGCAGUCAGUAAUGUCUCCUCGUGAUGCAGCUGCUCAUGUCCGUCGCGCAGCUAGUCUUGGUCGUGGUCUUCGUGGUCUCAAAGAUGUAGAGAUACCGCCAACAGUAUCAUCUUUUGCAACGUCUUACUACGGCGACGAGGAGAGUAGGGCUGCAGCCGCGGCAGAAAUGAAGGCCAAGACACUUUCACUUUCACGUGCACAUUGGUUGAGUACACCAAAUGCAUAUCUACGUGAAGAGAUUGAAGAGAUAGGAACUCCGAAUCCUAAGAAGAUUACACACUGGACAGAAGGAACAGAUGAUAAUAAAAAUCGUACCGGUGGAGUAUCUAUGCCAUUAGUUGAUCCUAAUCAGUUUGCCCUACAAGGUUCUGAUCCGCAGGAGUUUAAAAAUCAACAGAAAAAGGUAAAAGAUAAGUAUUACAAAGAUGUUAGAUCUGCUGGACCAAAAUCCCGAAUUUUACAAGGUAUUGAUAUCGAUGAUGAAGGAGAUGAAACGGAUGGCACUGUUUCACCGAAAAUGGUCAGUCCCAAAGGCACAUUACUUCGUUUAGAUCCCUCUAAUCCUCCAUCCCUUGAACCUGGACAUGUUGUUGUAGUCGGUGCUGCUAGUAAGGGGAUUAUUCAUCGCAACCAACGACAUAAUGCUGGAGUUUAUCAAUCUGUCUACUCACCAAAUCCUUUCGAUAGGAUGACCGACGAAGAUCUUGAGCGUUAUAAGGAGAAUAUUGAACGUAAGGCAAAAGGUUUGCCUUCAUUGGAGGAGGAAGAAGCAAGAGCUCGUAUAGAAGAAGCUCGACAUGCUGCAGAAGUAGCUCGGGAGGCAAUGGAGGCAGCUUCUCGUAUGGCGGCAGGACAAAAGUUAAAUGAUCUUCAUUUAGGAAGCAGUUGUAAACAUCGUGCGCAAACAGUAACUGCAGAUUAUAAUAGUACACUGGCUGAUUUAAGUACAAGUGUUUUCUGUUCAAGUACAACAUCUUGUUUAACUGAUAAUAAUGAUAAACCAUUCGUCAACCAUUCUUAUCCUGAAAACAUGUUCAAUAAUGGCAAUGUUAAUUCACCAGAUUAUUUCUGUUCACUGAACAGUUCAAGCCUGGAGACUUUAUCAAGUAGUGUUUUACCCUUAUCAACUGUAACUGGUGUAUCCGAUGCUUGCUUGUCAAAUACUAGAAGUAAAUCAUGUCUUCGACGUCGAAGUGCUCGUCGUUUUUGGCAUUGGCCUCAUCGAAUUACAAAAUCAAUCAUGGUGAGGGCGGCGGUUUGGAUUUAAGUCAUAUUCAAACAAUUCGUUCAGAUACUAGUGGGGCUGAAGCUAGUCAUGAUGACACUGAGAAAGAGACUAAGAAAGAUGAUAAUGUAACGGAAAAGAAAAAGAAGCGUCGAUUCAAAAUGCCUUCAUUUGCUAGGAAAUCCAAGACAAAAGAGGUGAAAGACAAGAAAUAAAUUUAAUUUCUUCUCAGUACAUAUACUACUUCCUCAUAUAUAAGUAGACAUAUUAAUAAAUCCUGUUUUUUCUCUCGGAUGGUUGAAAUAUCUGAAUUAAUCUACUACGACUACUACUACUGCUACUACAGGCGUUAAACCUAUCUUUUGCUUUGAUAUAUCUGUCCACAACAAAUCACCCUGUUCAGCUUUUUGUUACCCCUUUUUUAUUAUUCUUAUUAUUCCUACUCACCUGCUUAUGAAUGAUUGAUCCAUGUUUUUACAUCGAAUAUGCUUUUCACGUUAUCUGCUUGUGAUAUAUGUGUAGUCAGUCUUGACUUAUUCGAUUAUAAUUUCACCCUCAAGGAAAAUAUAUAAUAUACUACUCUGUCUUCUUCUUUUGUGCUUGUAAUAUUGAUAUUAGUGGGAAGUGGUUGCAUCAAAUAUGCUGUGGCGUUGUUGUUUGUUUUCCUUUUUGAAUUAUAAUUUCGAGACACACUUUGAUGUUGUUUGAGAUAAAAUUAAUCAGAGUCAUUUCUUGCUGAUCAUCUCUGUCGAAUAUUGAUCUGUUUGUUGUUUUUGCUUUUUAUUCUGUCCUUUGUUCUCUUGAAGAAUUUGCAUAAUUUGUUUCUGAAACAAGCACGAUAAUAAAUUCUGAUUGGC